GAGAGAGAAAGAGGGAGGGAGAGUGAGAAAUAGCGUGUGAGAGAGAGACAGAGAAGAAGAGAGGGAGAAAGAGGGACACGAGACAGAGAUCAGACAGUGAGGGGGACUUUUCCAGGGAGCUUAGGUCCUGGCAGUGGAAGGAUUACAAGGACAGAGCUGAUCAGUAUUGGACCUUGACAAGCCUAGUACAGCUGCCCGCAUGGGACACAGGACUACAACCAGAACAACAACCUAACCCCCCCGUUCUAUAAUGGGUUAUUAUCGGAGCACUCCCCAUGUUCAUGUAACUGUACUGCGUUUGAAUGAGCCUGUUGAUGGAUUGUUGGGCUCUGGAUCUCUGGAGUGACGUGUUGGGAGCUUGUUGCGCUUCCAUAACCUGAAGGAGAAGUGAAUGACAAGACCCUUUGUGACUGAGUUGGACUUUUCAGUUAAAACACAAGGGUAAUGUUAUAUCUGGCCACCGUCAAGCUCGAUCUGUGACUUUAUCUCGACAUGUGAUUAUUGAUACAAGCAUCUGUAAGAAACUAGACAGAUCACUUGGGUCAACAUUCAAUUGUUACCGUUAGAGAAGCAAAGAAGUUACAAGAUUUGAUGUUAUUUGAGAAUCCAAAAUUGCUAAACUGUUGACAGGGAAGAUGAAAUCACCACUGCUCAAGGCUCUGACUGCGUUGUAAGUUGAACACCAUUGUGGUCGACUGUAACCUGAUCUCCAACACACUGCAGUAAUUACAAGGUGCAUGCAGGGAAACAUAAAGAGAGAUUUGUAAUUAGACCUGUCUAUAAAAAGAGCCAGGCAAAGGGCGAGGUCCCCACACAGAGAGAGAGAAAGGGGGAGAGUCAGGCCAAGGACACCCAACUUGAAGGGAGGGAGCGGGGCUGUCUGGAGGCAUAGGAAGGAGACUGCCUGGGGGCAAAGGAAGGAGGCUGCCUGGGGGCAAAGGAAGGAGGCUGUCUGGGGGCAUAGGAAGGAGGCUGCCUGGGGGCAUAGGAAGGAGGCUGCCUGGGGGCAAAGGAAGGAGGCUGUCUGGAGGCAUAGGAAGGAGGCUGCCUGGGGGCAAAGGAAGGAGGCUGUCUGGAGGCAUAGGAAGGAGACCAACUGGAGGCAUAGGAAGGAGGCUGCCUGGGGGCAACGGAAGGAGGCUGUCUGGAGGCAUAGGAAGGAGGCUGCUUGGGGGCAAAGGAAAGAGGGUGCCUGGGGGCAUUUUUGAUUGCAAGUGACACCCAGACCCCCAAGGCGGGGGGCAACGACACCUAACCUGAAGGGAAGGAGGCUGCCUGGAGUCACCAUUGGGAAGAAGAUACACCCAGACAGCUUUUGGCAAUUAGGGGACAGGAGGUGUGACCAUGGACCCCCAAGGUGGACACUACCUGAACAAGGCGGCGGUGCUGUCUCCUCUAGGAGUGGCCCGUAUGCUCCAGCUCCUCCUGGGCUGCACCAUCAUAGCCCUGGUGGCCCACAGCGCCGGAUACAACCACGCCUAUGGUAUCUACUGCAUGUUUGUGUGGUGCUUCUGCUUCGCCAUGACCCUGCUGGUGUUCACCAUGGAUGUGACACGCCUCCCCUGCUGCAUGCCCAUUUCCUGGGACAACCUCACUGUGGCGUUUGCCAUGCUCGCCACACUCAUGUAUGUCGCCGCCUCCGUCGUCUACCCCGUCUACUUCCUGCGCUCUCAGUGCUCCAAGUCGGACGGGGGCUGCGAGGUGCGCAACUACCGCAUCGCUGUCACCGUGUGCUCCAGUUUCUGCUGCUUCGCCUAUGCGGCUGAGGUGUUCCUAACCCGAGCCAAACCCGGCCAUGUGGUGGGCUACAUGGCCACUAUGUCAGGCCUGCUCAAGGUGGUCCAAGCCUUCGUGGCCUGCAUUAUAUUCGGGGCCCUGGCCAACGGCAGCGAGUACAACCGCCACAUCCCCACUCAUUACUGCGUGGUGGUCUACAGCCUGUGCUUCUCCAUCACCGUGGUCGUGAUCGCUGUGACCGUGUCGGGAAAAGCCUCGGCUCUGCCCCUGCGUUUCCCCUUCGACCGCUUCGUGAUCAUCUACACGUUCCUGGCGACGCUGCUGUACCUGAGCGCCGCCCUGGUGUGGCCCAUCUUUAGCUUCGACAGGAAGUAUGGCACGCCGGGUCGCCCCGACGGCUGUCCCUGGGAGAACUGUCCCUGGGACAGUAAGCUGGUGGUGGCGGUGUUCACCCAUGUCAACAUGGUGCUGUACUUCAGCGACCUAAUCUACUCCCAGAGGAUCCGAUUUGUCUCCCACUCUGCUGCCUGAGGACCCCUCCACCCUCCUCACUCCACUCUGCUGCCUGAGGACCCCUCCACCCUCCUCACUCCACUCUGCUGCCUGAGGACCCCUCCACCCUCCUCACUCCACUCUGCUGCCUGAGGACCCCUCCACCCUCCACUCUGCUGCCUGAGGACCACUCCACCCUCCUCACUCCACUCUGCUGCCUGAGGACCCCUCCACCCUCCACUCUGCUGCCUGAGGACCCCUCCACCCUCCACUCUGCUGCUUGAGGACCCCUCCACCCUCCACUCUGCUGCUUGAGGACCCCUCCACCCUCCACUCUGCUGUCUGAGGACCCCUCCACCCUCCUCACUCCACUCUGCUGCCUGAGGACCCCUCCACCCUCCUCACUCCACUCCGCUACUUGAGGACCCCUCCACCCUCCUCACUCCACUCCGCUACUUGAGGACCCCUCCACCCUCCACUCUGCUGCCUGAGGACCCCUCCACCCUCCUCACUCCACUCCGCUACUUGAGGACCCCUCCACCCUCCACUCUGCUGCCUGAGGACCC